AUGGCGAAAACUUUGUUUCCAGAGACUGAAAAUGCUGACCCGCAAGCAUCGCGAGCUGCUUCAACUGUCAGCCGGUCCACCCGAUAUAGUUCCCUGCACUCUAGAGCGUCUUCAAUGACUUCCAGUCAGCGCAAACAUGAACUCGAAAUAGCAAAACUGCGACGUCUUGAAAUCAAGCGACAAAAUGAAACAGGUGUCCGCCUAAAAGAAAAAGAAAACGAUUUGGCUCUUGAGACACUUGUUGAGGAGAACAAACGAAAGCUCAAUGAGGCCAAAUUAGUUGAAACAGAAUUAAUGGAUGAUGAUUCGGACAUUGAUACUGACAUCAAUAAAAUCGCUCUGCCUUCGAGUAGAACACAACAAGUUGUCGCUGAAGCCCGAACAGAAGAUUGGGUAGAUGAAGCACUCGAUACACAUUCGUCGGAACUUGCAUCAACAAUAACCAUUGUUCCCCGACAAGAACCUCAACCUCCGGGAAUCGCCAAUUUGGUUUCUUCGUCUCUACUACCAAGCACGGUUGAUCUAAUAAACGUCCACCUUUUUCCAUCCAGUAGCAACCCAAGCGUUUGCCUACCAUUACAAUCGGUGGUAUCAUCUACCGUUCAUAAUUUGAAGAUUCCUUCUCAACCUCUCCCACCGCCGCCACCACUACCCCCGCCCCCGUCCUCGCCCCCGCUUCCUUUCAUUCCACGUAUGCCAGCAGCAAUGGUCCCCCACAUUACAUGCUUCUGUCCCAAUUAA